UUCUUCCUUCAUAGAAGCUCAGAAGGAGGAAGAACAGUACCAGGGCCCUGCCCCUCCUACCAUCUCCCUGGGGGCCAGGUGGAGGGUUGACAGCUCCCUGUGUCGUCUCAUUUUGAGUAACAAGAGAGGACCAGCAUGGCCCCAGAAAUCCUAUUGCUGCUGCUGCUGUCACUAGGAAACUCAGGCAAGCCAGGGAGGACUUGGGCUGAGCUCCAGUACCAGGAGUUGAGACCGAGGUCUCCAGACUACAGGAGACCAGAACAGGCUGAGGAAGAGUACAGACGACUGGAAGGGGAGACGUUCAGUGUGAACUGCUCCUACGAGUCCCAGGAGCAUGAACAUAGAUGGAUGUCUUGGUGUAAAAAGCAAGAGAAUGGAGACGAGUGUGGCAUACCACGCUUAGAAACAAGCUCCAACUUUUCCGUGGCAGGCAAUGAAUAUUUGUCCGCUUAUGAUAAUAAUAGUGGCAUUAUCACCAUCACUAUCACAAAGUUCAGUCUCAGAGUAAAGGAUUCAGGUGACUAUGAGUGUGUGAUGCCUGAAGAACCUGAUAAGAGGAAAGAAGUCUUCAGGAGAUUCCACCUAGUGGUGUCCCCAGUUCAAACACAGAGCUCCACAAAAGGGAUACAAACUACCGCAGGGGUCACUUCCAACAAUCAGGCCGCCAACAACAGGCACAGGGCUUUAUCCACUGCACCACCUGGUCAAAGUUCCUCAGAGAAGAAAUUCAUCAUUUUGGGUGUGGUCCUUUCUUGUCUGCUCCUAUUGGUGCUUCUUGUUGUAGGCAUCAUUUGUACCAGGAGGAUCUACCAGAAAGCCGGGAAAGGUGAUGACUCUGAGACCCAGGGAGAGAAGUCAAAGGGCUCUGCAAUGAAGAUGGAGAGUGAUGAGGAUGCUGAAGACAUCCAUUAUGCCAUAGUGUCCAACAGAAGCCCCAGAGAGCUGAUCAAUACCAAAACUCAUACUCCUAUUGAGUCUGUGGAAUACGCUACCAUAACAAGGAAUUGAUGUCAGCUGCCCAAAUCAAAUGCUCCUCAGAAUCCAAUGUGGAGGGACUAGGAGAGUUCACUAUCAGCAAUGUUGGUGAAUCAUGUCUCCUUCAGCAAAGAAGUGGUAGAACAAAAAUGUAUGGAAAUGAGAAAUAUGUUAUUAGACAAGGACCAUAUAUAGAUUUGUUUUGCUUAGCUAUAUUUCUUUGUUGGGAGGGAGGGUUCUAUAGGAUUUUUUUGAGGGGGGUAGUAAGAAAUGGUAGCAUUGUAAAAAAGCCCAGCAUGAAUAAAACACCUUUUUUAUGUAUUAAACAUUUACCUUGCACAAAACUCUA